CCUAGUGUAUACACAAGCCAAAUCUGAUUGGCUAACAUUUUUAGGAGGCGAAAUUCGAACAGGUCAAUGAUCAGGUGAUCAUUCACGUUGAUGUUUUGAAUGUUCUUCAAAUUUUAUAACAGUUUUUCCAGGUAGAGUCAAGGCGAUUUACAAUAUAUUUAACAGAAUUGCACCAAGGGCAAGGAAGCCUGCUCUUAGAAUUCUAAUUCUGACCUACGAAAGCAAGCGAUUUCAAAAUGGGAAAGAAGAGAAAACGCGGACAAACGAAGCAAAACUGGAGUUCUACAAAUUCACGGAAACAGAAAAAGAGAAGAAAAACUCGGGGUUAUGGGUUUAAGACAAAAGUACCAAAAGAAGUUCAAGAAUCGCGGGUCAAGUUGUCAAACACAACGGAUCGCGACAUGCUCGAGUUAAAACCGUGUGAAAAGUCUAGCCCUACAAGCAGUGACUGCAAUUUUACCUCUUUGAGUAACGUGAGGUUGCAUGUCUGUGGAAUAAGCGCCAUUUUUUCUCGUCUGAUCACUUGUGCAGACUUGUUUCGGCGCUCCACCGUGGGGUGCUUUAGAUCAACAAGGAACGUGUUCCUUCUCCUGAACUGGCUUAAACAAGUCUUUGGUUGUGGACUGCAAACACUUGGAAAGUUUCUACUAGCAGAGAAAGAUCAACUGACUUCAACCGACAGAACCCACUAUGAAGAAAUGAUGAAAAGAGUGGGACAUUUAGAGGAAGAAGUAAAAUCACUGAAAUCUGAACUCUUCAAGAAGACAACCUGUUCAUGUGGAGAUCAUUUCUCUGGAUCUGCAACGCAAGAGGAAUGUGCACAAACCAGUCUUCCAUUACAAAUACAACCCCCUCCUCCACCCCCACCCCCACCCCCACCAGUUGUCCCUCCAGCUGCACCUCCACUAGCAUUCCUCAAAAAUAAACAGACAAGAUCUAAAGCCACUGAUUCAAAGGAAAACAAAAACAAAACAUCAAGAACAUUAGUGACCCUGGAGGACCUGAAGAAAGUCAAGCUGCGAAAAGUGAAACAAGCCAUAGAGAAGGACAAGGAAAAUGCUGCACCUGAGUUUGAGACAACAAGCUAUAAAUUGCAAUCUGCAAAGCCUUCACCAAACAAGCUUAAUCAAAGAAAUGAUGUGCAGUGCAUUGUUUCUUUGAGGGAGAUAAAGAAUGUGACAUUAAAAAGAACAAAGAGGGAAACUGAGAUGGAAAAAAUAAAAUUACGAAAUCCUGAAGAAAUGGUGGUCACGAGACAAAACCUACGCAAAGUGAAUAUCACCCGCAGUCCUGGCGGAACUCCUCUACUGUCUGGUAAGAGCUGUGAACAUGGAACUGGCCUGACCCCGAUGAUGACUAGAGCACUCAGAAGAAAAUUCCAGCAUGCACACCCUUAUUCUUCACCAGAUUCACCAACAGGAAAACACAAGAGACAGAGUUUAUCUCCAAUGGCUGUUUCCCCAAGCACUCCAAGUCCUUUGUUAAUUAGAUAACCAAAUUUUAAUUUUCAGAACAAAAACAAGCAAUGGAAGCAAUUUCAGCUGUAGAAUGUGAAUUCGUUAUUAAUAGUUCAUUUUAAUGUUUUUAAAAAAGAAGUUUUGAAAAACAAAAUUUUCAAAUUUAACUGUCAGUAACAACUGGAAUUUUUUGAAAAGUGACUAAUCAUUUUUUUAGAUCAUUUUAUUUACAAGUUUUGAUAAUCAACUGGCAAAUUAAGUGGAACUGAUAUAUUUUGAUAUAAAUAUUCUUUUAUGACUAAGGGUAAUUAGGAAUUAAAUUCAAAAGUUGAUUUCAUUGGCUCAGACAAGGUCAAUGAAAGUGACAAUACAUGUCAUACAUAUUAUAAUUAUUAUUAUGAUCCAGUAGCCUUAUAUAAAAUUAUAUUAAAGGAAAGAAUAGCUAAUAAUAGCAGAGAGCUGAGACUUGAAAAUGUGUAAUGAGAUUUUUACAAAUUUGUGGAAUUUUGAAGUCAAUACUUUCAGUUUUUUGAAGUUUCUGUGAAAUAUUGAACAUUUAAUCACAGCAUUAACACUGUUAGAUCACCUGGGGUGUGUUCCUUUGGGAUGAUCAGGAUAAAGAUCAGUGAUCCAGGAUCACUCAGAUCAUGGUGUAUUAAAGGAAACAAUGAAUCUGUGACCCAAGUGGAUUAAUCAGAUCCUUCGAUGUAUCUUGGAUCACUGAUCCAGAUCACCCCAAAGAAAUGCACCCUAAUGCUUUGGCCAUAAGCAUCGAGUCCACUCAUAUUGGCUUAAUAAUAAUAAUUAUAAUAUUAUUAAUGUUA